AGGAUGAUGACUCUCAACUCGUUUACAGGAGCACAAACAAGCAGUAUGGAGACAUGAUUCACUUUCGCUGAUCUUGGUACAUGAAGACCAAGAAGGACACCACUUUAACCGGGACACCGCAGAGGCUCUGGCGCAGAUCUCUGUGAACAUCAGAAACAAGAGUGAUAAAAAUGCAAGAGAAACCAAACAUCCGGAUAAUAGAAUGGGAGGACCUGGACAAGAGAAAGUUCUUCUCUGUUGGCAUAUUCAUGACUCUGUCAAUCCGCCUUGCAGUUUAUCCUGUCAUACUGAUUAGAACAAGACUUCAGGUCCAAAGAGGUUGGAUUCACUACAACGGCACUUUUGAUGCAUUCAGUAAAAUUUUAAAAUCUGAGGGUAUACAAGGACUUUACAGGGGGUUUCUUGUGAAUGCAUCUGGCCUAAUCACAGGCCAAAGUUAUAUUAUAACUUACGAACUAGUACGCAUGUAUGUAUCGGAGUAUAACAACAAUAAUACAGUUAAGUCGUUUAUAGCAGGAGGAUCAGCAUCACUUGUGGCACAGAGCUUUAUAGUACCCUUUGAUGUCAUUUCUCAGCACUUGAUGAUCAUGGGCCAGAAAGGCUACAGGAGUCGAUUACAACUCUCCCAAAUGACAGGAGGUAUCAGCCAAAGCUUUGGCCAAGCAAAGAAGGUUAUUAUUCAUAUUUUUAGGAUUGAUGGCCCAAGAGGAUUUUACAGAGGAUAUUUGGCUGCCUUGUUGACGUAUGUUCCUAACAGUGCAGUAUGGUGGCCUUCUUAUCUCUUCUUUGCAGAGCAACUUUCAAAAUGGGCUCCUAGUGAAUGCCCUCAUCUGGUCCUUCAAGGAAUGGCAGGACCGAUGGCAGCAGUCACAGCGUCUGCACUCACCAACCCAAUGGAUGUGAUCAGAGCUAGGGUUCAGUUGGAGGGCAGAUCCUCGAUAAUUGAAACUUUCAGUCAGGUUCUGAGAGAAGAGGGUGCAUGGGGUUUUACCAAGGGGCUGUCUGCUCGCAUCCUAUCUGCAGCUCCAACAGCUCUCGUCCUCGUCAUUGGUUAUGAAACAUUGAAGAAGAUCAGUCUACGGCAAGAAUUAAUGGCAACUAGACACUGGUAGACAAUGUAUACCAGUAUUUCAUUGGAAUGAACUGCACAAAAAUCCAUUGUGUUUUUCCUACAAUGUGCAAAACUUUGACUAUUUUAUAUACACUUUCAUUGUAUUGAAGUACUAAACUUCAGCAAUGGAGCUCAACAGGAUCGCUAUACCUGUGUAGAUUUACAUACAUUCAGAUAUUUCAUAUGCUUAAUUUCAAAAGUGGUGCUUAAUGUAUACAAAAGCAGGAUAUCAAAGCAUUAUGAAUGUUUUGUUCUGCUAAUGGUGAAUUGCUAGAUCAGCUUCAGUUUUUCACCUUCAAAAGUUGGGAUGAGUUUGAAAAAAAAAGUUCUUUA